AUGUCAUCAAGAAAAAUUCUCCAAGUGGCCGGAGGGUCAUCUAAGAUUUACCCAGGAUCAAAUGCCCUUGUGUCAACAACCUUACAUUAUGCAGCAGAAGUAGGAGACGUAAGAAGGGUAAGAAAGCUCCUUAUCGCCGGCGCUCAUACACGAGACCAAGAUCGGCGUGGUCGCACACCUCUCCACAUUGCCCUAGACUGCAGUAUGGAAGAAACUGCAGAAGUCCUCUUGGAAGCGGAUAGCAAGAUCUCUAUUCAAGAUGAAGAUGGAAAUGCUCCCUUACAUUUAGCUGCAAGGGAAGGAUUUGUAGGAAUCGUUAGGAAGCUCCUUGCUGCGGGUGCAGAUACACGUGAACAGAAUCAACACGGUCAAACUCCCCUCCACGUUGCUGUGGACUGCAGGGCGGAGGAUAUUGCAGAAGUUCUCCUGGAAGCGGAUAGCAAUGUUGCCAUCCAAGAUAAAGAUGGAAAUGCUCCCUUACACUUAGCUGUGAGGGAAAGAUUUUUAGAAAUGGUGAGAAAGCUUCUUGCCGCUGGUGCUAAGACACGUGACCAAGAUCGACGAGGCCAAACUCCCCUCCACAUUGCUCUAAGCUCCAGUGUGCAGGACAUUGCAGAAGUUCUCUUGAAAGCGGACAGCAGGAUUACCGCUCAAGAUGAAGAUGGAAAUGCUCCCUUACAUUUAGCUGCGAGGGGUGGAUUUGUAGGUAUAGUUAGAAAGCUACUUGUUGCCGGUGCAGACACACGUGACCAAGAUCGACGUGGGCAGACUCCCCUCCACGUUGCUCUGGACUGCAGGGCGGAGGACACAGCAGAAGUUCUUGCGGAAGCGAGCGGCAAGAUUGCCAUACAAGAUGAUGAUGGAAAUACUCCUUUGCACAUAGCUGCUAGGGAAGGAUUUACAAGGAUAGUGAGAAAACUUUUUGUCGGGAGCGUGAGUGUACGCUUCCAAGACCUAUGUGGCCGGACACCCCUUCAUACUGCUCUCUACUGGAGAAAGGAGGGUGCCGCAGAAGUCCUCUUAAAUGCAGACAUGCAAUACAACAUUCUAGACGAAGACGGGAAUGCUCCUUUGCACGUAGCUGCAAGGGUAGGAUAUGUGGGAAUAGUGAGAAAGCUUAUUGCCUUCGGCGCUAAUGUCCGACUUCAAGAUGGGCGUGGCAAGACGCCUCUCCACGUAGCUAUUGACUGGAAUAGAAAGGAUAUAGCAAAAGUUCUCUUGGAGGCAGAAAGCUUACAUGACAUAUAA